CCGUCAAAGGCAUUCUGCUGAAACGUCAGUUCGGUCAUUACGAAGCAUUUUGCGUCUGGAAUAUUAUUGCUAUUUUUCGUCUGAACGAUUGGGAAAGUGUUGGCGCAGAUUGUUGUUUUCAUACAAUCCUCCUUAAAAAGUUGUUAAUUUCACACGUUCCAACAAAAGUUCACAUCGAAGAAGCAACAUUCGCAACAAAGCAAUUUCGAUCGAAAUCACGCACAACCUACAGUAACAGCGUCAAGAUGGUGCUGGAAAGUACAAUGGUUUGUUUUGAUAAUAGUGAUUAUCAGCGAAAUGGUGAUUACUUCCCGACCCGACUGAAUGCCCAAAAAGACGGUGUGAAUCUGGUCUGCUUGUCGAAGGUGCGCUCGAACCCGGAGAAUAAUGUUGGUUUGAUGACGCUUUCCAACACAACGGAGGUACUGGCGACGCUGACCAGUGACGUUGGGCGCAUCUUGUCCAAGCUACAUCUGGUCAAUCCCAACGGAAACAUCAAUCUAAUGACCGGACUGCGUAUCGCGCAUUUAGUACUGAAGCACCGUCAGGGCAAGAACCACAAGAUGCGUAUUGUCGUGUUUGUAGGAUCACCGGUAGAGCACGACGAAGGCGAACUGGUAAAACUGGCCAAAAAGCUCAAAAAAGAGAAAGUAAACGUGGAUAUUGUCAGCUUUGGUGAUCAUCAGAAAAAUAACGACACGUUUACGUCGUUUAUUAACGUGCUGAACGGUAAAGACGGUACCGGCUCCCAUCUGGUGUGUGUCCCGCGCGGUUCCGUAUUCUCCGAAGCACUCAUUUCAUCGCCCAUCAUACAGGGCGAGGAUGGUAGCGGUGGGGCCGGUUUGGGUGGAGCUGGAUUCGAGUUUGGCGUUGAUCCGAACGAAGAUCCCGAGCUGGCCCUUGCAUUGCGCGUUUCGAUGGAAGAGCAGCGGCUACGCCAGGAAGAGGAGCAGCGCCGGGCCACGGCUAACAGUGCCGCUGAUGGUACGGCCGCUGCCGGUGGUGAUAAGGAAGCGUCCGGUGCGACCGCAGGAACAGCCGGUGCAUCGUCCAGUGCUGGUGCAGCACGUGCCGCCGGUUCGGAACCGCACGCCGAGGAAGCAAUGCUGGAACGUGCGCUGGCACUGUCGACGGGCGAAAUAAUGCCGACGGACGAUUCGAUGCCGGACUUUGCAAACAUGACGGAAGAGGAGCAAAUCGCGUUCGCGAUGCAAAUGUCAAUGCAGGACGCUCAGGAACCAAUCUCGCAGCCGGCCAAGCGGCAGAAGCAGGAGAAGGACACACCGAUGGAAGUGGAUGUAGACGAUAACGAGAUCGUCGGCGUUUCGCCCGAAUACUUGAUGAGCGUGCUGGAGAACCUGCCUGGCGUUGAUCCUCAAUCGGAAGCGGUACGCAAUGCGGUCGGUUCGCUGAACAAGGAUAGCAGCAAGAAGACCCAGUCCGACAGUAAGGAUAGUAAGGAGGAUGAGAGCAAAAAGUAGACACGUUCUUUGCCGGGCUCUUUUGCCUUUUUUCUUUGUUCCGUUCGGGUUCACUCGGGAAGCUGGAGGAGGAUGUCCCGUACUAAAUUACUAGAUAAGAUUGAACCACAAUUAUGUACGGAUUCGAUAUCCUUUCCUUACUAUUCAAAUCGCUUUGUAAAAUCAUGUUUUCACGGACCUAACGGCCAAUGCGAUAAUGUCAUAGAAUAUGUACUGUACUGAAAUGAAAACAGGAAUUACCUACAGCUCCA